AUGGCUCUUCUCCUGGUUGCGAGCGUGGAUUCGUGGAGGAACGCCUCCAUUCCUUCGCAGUGGCAGGGGAUGACGCGGAGGAGCAAGAUCCACCCGGCGGAGCAGCAGGGCGGCGACGAUUUCAUCCCGAGAGCAAUCGGCGGCGAUGGGCUGGUCAAGUUCUUGGUGGUCGACCAAAGCUCCCUCCUAUCGUCGCAGACGACGGGAGUUUUCAGGUCCAUCCAAGCAGCAAUCGAUGCCGUCCCGGUUGGGAACCAGCAUUGGGUGAUCAUCCAAGUUGGAGCUGGAGUUUACCAGGAGAAGAUCACGAUUCCAUACAUGAAGCCUUACAUUCUUCUCCAAGGUGCCGGGAGAGAUUUCACCACCAUCUCCUGGAGCGACACGGCCAGCACUUUCGGGACUGCCAACAGCGCUACUUUCAGCGCCUUUGCUCCGAAUUUCAUCGCCAAGUACAUCAGCUUCAGAAACAAUGCACCGCGGCCGCCACCGGGAGCUUUCAAUCGCCAAGCGGUGGCUGUUUUGGUCGCCGGCGACAUGGCUGCCUUCUACUCGUGCGGCUUCUAUGGCGCCCAGGACACGCUCUUCGAUUACGAGGGACGUCACUACUUCCGGGACUGCUACAUCGAAGGCUCCAUUGACUUUAUCUUCGGCCAUGCGAAGUCCGUCUUCAAGGCCUGUGAGCUCCACGCCAUCGCCGACAGCUUUGGCUCAGUCACCGCUCAGAACAGGGGAGACCCUCGCGAGAACUCUGGCUUCAUAUUUAUUGCCUGCACAGUGACAGGAAGUGGCACCAUUUUCUUAGGACGUGCUUGGGGAGCUUACUCUCGAGUCGUCUAUCUCUUCACCUACAUGGACAGCAACGUUGUCUCCGAGGGGUGGAAUGAUUGGGGCGUCGCGAGCAGGCAGGAGACAGUUUAUUAUGGUCAGUACAAGUGUUUCGGACCGGGAGCUAACGAACUAGGCCGUGUUCGGUGGUCUCACGAGCUCACGGACGAGGAAGCCAGGCCUUUCCUGCAAGUAAACUUCAUUGACGGCGUACAAUGGUUACGUGAACUAUAGCAAACAACGAGGAAGAAAACCUGGCUCGUCUGUACAAAAUUUGAUUCCCAAUUCUUUUGUGCGACACCUUCAGAAAAGGAAAAGGAAGAAACUGUCAAGAACAAUAAAAAUCUCUAGCCAGAUCCGUAAAUACUUGGGAAGGAAACCAAAUUUCGCGGUUUACCGGUGAUUUGUUGGUGCUAACUUUGUAACUCGAGAAUCACGAAAUAAAAUCCCCGCAUUCGUGUAAAA